CUGAUAGUUAACAUCCCCCCCCCCAAACAAAAACAACCAUCUCUGGCCAUCUGCCCCAAGAAAAAACCAGGAUCCCAGCCUGGAGGCUUCCCAACUUGGGAUCGGUUCCAACGUUCCAGCUGGGACACGCAACCUCGACGUCGUCGUCGCCUUUCCUCCACUCGAGCCCUUCGCUUUAGUGACAGAAUAUCGAAACAGCCCAAGCCCCGCCCAUCGCCCUCUAGCCCCGCCCUCUAACUUUCUCCCCCUUAGGCGUUGACGCGUUCUCUUUCCUCCGUCUCAAGCCCUUCGCCGGCACUGCGAUCUCCCGGUCCAUCACCUGCAGGCUUCGUUUCUUUUGUCUUCCUCGCCGCCCCUCCGCGAUCGGCCCGGGAGGGAUCAACAGCUGGUUGGGCGCAAAAGCGCUUCUCCGCCGGCAGCGCCUCCGUCCCGUCCCGGCGAUGAAGAGCGCGGCUCCCUGGGCUGGAAGAAGGCGACUUCCCCGCGGCUGUGCAGACUGGCCCCGCAGCGGUUGAGGCGGUGGAGGAGCGAGGACUUGGGGACUGGACCCAAAGGCUCCUGGGCCUGAAGAGCUGGACUUCCAAACAGCAGCUUUGAUGAUUAAUUGUUUUUGAUAUGGCUGAAAAAGAUGGAGAACUUAAAACGUGCAGCUGGACUCUGCCUAAAGUCAUGGCAGUGGGAGCUAGCAUCUUCCUGCUCUUGGCUGGAAUCGGAGCUGGGAUUUGGGCAAUAGUGGUGUCUGUGCUUGGGAGUGAAAAGGAAAGCUUAUAUGUGGUUCAGGUGAAUUCCGAGGACCUACGCCUGACCGUGUACGAUGAGACUGAAGGGAAGUGGAGGCUCCUGUGUUCUUCGUCAUCGGAUGCCCAGGUGGCAGCUCUUAGUUGUGAGGAGAUGGGAUUCGUCAGAUCUCUCUCCCAUUCGGUCUUGGAUGCAGACAGUGUAGGUGCCAAUGGGACAUCAGGCUACUUCUGCGUGGAUGACUCUCGCCUGCCUUUUGUGCAGAAACUCAGAGAGGCCAUUGUUGUGUGUGAAUGUCUGACAGGCCGGUUCCUGGCAACUCUUUGCCAAGACUGUGGACGCAGGAAGUUAUCCGCUGACCGGAUUGUAGGUGGCCAAGAUGCCAGUUUGGGUAAAUGGCCUUGGCAAAUCAGCCUACGUUACGAUGGGACACAUCUUUGUGGUGGCUCCAUCAUCUCAAAUGAAUGGGUAGUUACAGCAGCUCACUGCUUUCCAGAGAGGAAUCGCGUAGUGAACCGCUGGCGGGUUUUCAUGGGAGCCGUAUCUCAGCAAUCCACGAAGGGGCUGCAGAUGGAUGUGGCCAGUAUUGUGUACCAUGGUGGGUACAGGCCCUUUGUGGACCCCAAUAGUGAAGAGAACAGCAAUGACAUUGCCUUGUUGCGUUUGGCCACACCACUCUCCUUCAAUGAAUUCAUUCAGCCUAUCUGCCUCCCAGCAUUGGGGCAAACUUUGGUGGAUGGCAAGAUCUGUACGGUGACGGGAUGGGGCAACACACAAUACUAUGGCCAACAGUCUGACGUCCUUCAAGAGGCCAAUGUGCCCAUCAUCAGCACCAGUGUCUGCAAUGGCCCCGAUUACUAUGGCAGCCAGAUAAGGCCCAGGAUGUUUUGCGCUGGUUUUGCAGCUGGAGGCACAGAUGCUUGCCAGGGUGACAGCGGCGGCCCUUUUAUGUGUGAAGACGGCAUUUCACAAGUGUCACGUUGGCGACUGUGUGGCAUUGUGAGCUGGGGCACAGGCUGUGCCCUGGCUAAUAAACCUGGAGUCUACACCAAGGUUAACGAUUUCCAUGGUUGGGUCCACCACACAAUGAAGACAAACUCCCACAUUAGUGGGUUGGUGAUUCAGCAAUGAAAUGCAUGGAACUGGCCUCUUCUCUUUCCAGUGAAUUGCUGCCUUAAAAAAGAAGGAGAAGAACCGAGGAAGAUGAGGGGGGAAAAAGAGGAACGAACAUACGGAUAUCUUUGGCCUGGCCAAAUGAGCAGAAUGGGACAGAAAAGUCCUUGCUAAUUGCUAAAGCUGUUGUGGCGUACUGGCUCUUUCAGACUUUUGAUAAGAUGCUUUUGUUCCAUUACGUUGUCUUCAUGGAGCUUCUGGUCCUUCAGCUGCUCAUCUAUGGAUGAGUUGAAGAGAAUACAGAGUUGGAAGGGAUCUUGGAGGCCUUCUAGUCCAACCUCAAGCUCAAGCAGGAAACCCUAUACCAUUUCAGACAAAUGGUUCUCUGAUGUCUUUUUUAAAACUUUCCCUUCUGGAAGGAAGUUGUUCCAUUGAUUAAUUGUUCUCACUGCCAAGAAAUUUCUCCUUAGUUCUAGGUUGGUCCUCUCCUUGAUUAGUGCCCAGCUUCUCAAGCAGUGGUGAAAUCCAAUUUUUUUACUACCGGUUCUGUGGGCGUGGCUUGGUGGGUGUGGCUACCGGAAGUUUGGGAAGAAGGCCUCUGGAGCCUGGGGAGGCCAUUUUUGCCCUCCCAGAGGCUCAAGGAAAGCCUCCGGAGCCUGGGGAGGGCAAAAACGCUUCCCCUCACCAUGGUGCAGGAGGCUGACUAGGCCAUGCCCACCAUGGCCACGCCCACCCAGCAACCUGGGGCAAAGAACUGGGAAGACCAUGAGAACAUAAAAGGGGUUUGGUAAACAUAAAAUAAAUUACAGAAUAUAGUUUGUGUUUGAGUCUUACUUUGGAUUAGAGAUAACAAAAAGUUUAUGUACAAGGAGAGAACUAGAAAGAACAGAACUCCUGCCCCAGCUGAAUGAAAAGCAGACAUAAAGGAGAUACGAUGGGUUAGCUCAUCUGUGUAUCCAAUAGAAGCUCAGGCUUGAACGCUGGAGUCUCCUGGUGCUUUCUGAGCAUGGUUGUUUUCCUGCAGACAUUUCAUUACCCUACUAGGUAACAUCUUCAGUAUUAUCAAGGAUAAGGAUUUUCUCCCUGUACUAUGUAUGCUGUUGGACUGACAGCCCACUUGAUGGCUCUUUCAUAUUAUGAGGCAAAGAUUUAGAGCCCUUCAGGUGAUCCAUUUUUGUUUGUAUGCCCCUUUGAAAAAUCUCACCCAAUCUGGUAUUUUGGCUGGCUAGAAUUCUUGGAAUUUGCCAUCCAUUACAUGUAGACCAGGGGUGAAAUGCUACUGGUUCAGACCGGUUUGCCCGAACCGGUAGUAAUAAAAGCUACUGGUUCAGGUGAACCGGUAUUUCCAACAAUCAGCUGUGCCGCACAAUUUAUAUUCGCGUGGCACAGCUGUUCCCCCCACUCGCUGUUCUACUUACCUUAGAAAAGGCUUCUUAAUCCUCCUUUUUUAGCGCUGCGCGGUAACGCCUGUGGUGCACAUGCGCGCACAAAGCAAACUGGUAGCAAAGCAAACCGGUAGCAGACUUCAGAGCAUUUCACCCCUGAUGUAGACACAUCACUUGGAGAAAAGCUCCCUUGAAGGUUAUCUCCUGUCCUAUGUUAUCUUCAGUUUAGAGACUCACUGGAGUCUGAUUGCUUGCAUCCAUUGGUAGAUAUCUUAAAGAAGGCACAGCGAUAUACAAUUGUAUCUGCUUGUACUAAUUGUUUGCAAUGAUUUAUAAAUGAUCAGCUAGGUACAAUUGAUAUUUUUUUUUCCCACGAAGAAACUUCCUCUUUUUAUCUUUGGCCGAGGCCAGUACCUUAGGAAGCAUCUAAGAAAGUUCAUUUGUUAUGUCUAUACAUUGUAUAUAGAUGUCUAUACUGACUCUUUUCAGUCUUACCUAAUUUUGUUCACUCAGAUUGUAUGUCCCAAAGGUGCUUUGUCGGGAUUUUUGUGUUUUUGUUUUUCUUUGAAGAUGUUUCGCUUCUCGUCCAAGAAACUUCUUCAAGCUCUGACUGGAUGGUGGGGAAUGGAAGGAUUUAUAUUCCUGGCAACCAGCUUCCAUUCCCCACCAUCCAGUCAGAGCUUGAAGAAGUUUCUUGGAGGAGAAGCAAAACGUCUUCAAAGAAAAAAACUAAGUCCAGUUACGUCCUGAAAAAGCACCUUUGGGACAACCACGACCUGGAUGACUAAGAAUCUCCAUAGACACUCAGAUUUGUAUAUAUUUCGUACUUGUAAUGAUCUCAGUAAAAUAAACUGGUUUUGAUUGUG